CGCGUCAUCGCCUGGGGACCGAGAGCCGGUCUCGCGAAGGGCGGUGCGGGGGCGCGGUCCCGGGUGGAGGGCGGCGGAGCUCCGGGGGCGCGCGGCCUGACCUCGGCGUCGCCGCCGGCUCGCGGCCAUGGAGAGCGGAGGGCGGCCCUCGCUGGGCCAGUUCAUCCUCCUGGGCGCCAGCUCUGUCGUCACCGCCGUCCUGUACUCCGUGUACCGGCAGAAGGCCCAGGUCGCCCAAGAGCUCAAGGGAGCGAAAAGAAUCCACUUGGGUGAAGACUUGAAGAGCAUUCUUUCAGAAGCUCCAGGAAAAUGUGUGCCUUAUGCAGUUAUUGAAGGAGCUGUCCGAUCGGUUAAAGAAACGCUUAACAGCCAGUUCGUGGAGAAUUGCAAGGGAGUGAUUCAGCGGCUGACCCUGCAGGAGCACAAGAUGGUGUGGAAUCGAACCACCCACCUCUGGAAUGACUGCUCAAAGAUCAUUCACCAGAGGACCAAUACGGUGCCCUUUGACCUGGUACCCCACGAGGACAGCGUGGACAUGGCCGUGCGAGUGCUGAAGCCCCUGGACUCCCAGGAUCUGGGCCUGGAGACUGUGUACGAGAAGUUCCACCCCUCCAUCCAGUCCUUCACUGAUGUCAUCGGCCACUAUAUCAGCGGCGAGCGCCCCAAAGGCAUCCAGGAGACCGAGGAGAUGCUGAAGGUUGGGGCCACGCUCACGGGGGUCGGCGAGCUGGUCCUGGACAACAACUCCGUCCGCCUGCAGCCCCCCAAGCAGGGCAUGCAGUACUAUCUAAGCAGCCAGGACUUUGACAGCCUGCUGCAGAGGCAGGAGUCGAGCGUCAGGCUCUGGAAGGUCCUGACGCUGGUCUUCGGCUUUGCCACGUGCGCGGCCCUCUUCUUCGUCCUCCGAAAGCACUAUCUGCAGCGGCAGGAGCGGCUGCGCCUCAGGCAGAUGGAGAAGGAGUUCCAGGAGCACGAGGCCCAGCUGCUGAGCCGCGCCAAGCCUGAGGACAGGGAGAGUCUGAAGAGCGCCUGCGUCGUGUGUCUGAGCAACUUCAAGUCCUGCGUCUUUCUGGAGUGUGGGCACGUUUGUUCCUGUGCUGAGUGCUACCGCGCCUUGCCGGAGCCCAAGAGGUGCCCCAUCUGCAGACAGGAGAUCACCCGGGUGAUUCCCUUGUUCAACAGCUAACAGUCUGGAAGCCCCACAGGUAGACGUGAAGGGACCUCCCCCUCCCCCCCCCCCCCACCUUCUCAGGAAUUUUCGUCUCGAGGCCUUUAGCAGAGCAGUGAUGGGGGCAGCUGUUAUCCUAGGUACGACCGAGGGAGGGGACUGGGGGGGAGUCAGAUCUCACGGGUCUAGCACUAGAUGAUGCCUUUCCACCCUGAGGGGGACCCUUCCAGCACUGCCUCAAAAUCCCAGCCCCACCCUGACUGGGUGUGGUGGCCUUGCAUUCCUUCCUGGAACCUGAGGAGUGUGCGUGUGACUGACAACACCUCAUCGCUCAAGGGCCCGAGCCAGUGACCUCUAGCUCUUCUGUUCCGGUAUCUCCUGGUCCUUUCUGGGGAAUUGCUCGUUCCUGUGGACUUCAGCCUUGAGUGACUCAGCCAGCAGGGAGGCAGAAGUCGGGCUCUGGGUGCGGUGUGUGUCUGGAGGAGCUGCCUCUGAAGAGACUCUCAGUCUUGCUUGUACCCCAGGAGGAAGCCAGGCUGGCCGCGUCACUCGUGCCCCUCUCCCUCACCGGCUUACCUCGUAAACGUGUGCACGUGUGUCAGGACGGAAGAGAGCGAAGUCUGGCAUUUGCCUUCUACCUAAAAGAUGGGAACUGGUCGGCAAGCUGAAGAGCGGUCACUUGAAGGGACAGUUGCGCUGUCUUGCGGUCGCUGGUGGUGAAGACGGCAGCUUGGCCGCGGCCCUUCCGGUGAUCUAAAGGCAGGGCCGUCCGAGCGCUCCUCGGCCCUGGUUGGGACCUCCCGAGACCUGAGGGGGCCGAGGGCUGGCUCCAGCUCUCCCGGCCUGAGAUCAGCUGGAAAGGCAUCGCCACCUGCAGGAAGCGGUAAGGCCUCUGCAGCCCCGGCCUCCCGGCCAUCUCCGCUUCCCUCCAAGGCUGUCACCGAGGACAAGCAGCCAGCCAGCACCCUGAGCACAGAGCCUUUUCCAGGGUCCCGCCUCCUCCCGUGGGAAAGUUAACAUCCCGUGGGUGUAAUCACAUCGCCCCCUCUGGAUUGCCGUCCACCCCCUCACCUGCCAGACGAGGAGGGGAACCUCUCACCCCCUCUGGGGAGUCACAGUCUUACACACAGCUCUUCUCUCCCUUCCCUGGCUCUGAACAUCCAUCCCCAUCCUCCUCUGUGUGGGGGCGGUAGGGGUGCUCUCAGGGGGCUGACUCCAGUUCUAUGCAGCGUCCGGUGUGGACAGCACAAAUUAAACACGUUACAACCAA